CUUUUUGCCUUGUCUCUCUUUCUGCGACCCGAAUUGCCCUCAUGCCGUACUCCAUCAGUUGUUGUUGCCGUGUUGGUGAAUGGCUGCCGCACCCGCAUACCUCCUUUUUGGCUCUCCGCCAUGCCUCUUGAGGCUCAUUUGCCAGCUUUGUUCUCGCAUGCCACUGAUGGAGUACGGCAUGAGCCUGCGGCUGCGGCUGCGGGAGAAGCCUCCGUUCUUUGUGACCAGAUUGACUAGAAAAUAGACAAGCCUCCAGUUGUAGAAUCUGCUGCUUGUUUGCAAACAAUGGGCGGAGACGAAGAAGCACGUCGUGCCAUCCGCAAGCUCCUGGAAGAGCAUUUGGAGUCCGUGGUUUGCCUGAGAGUGUACAGAGAGCUCAAGCCCGUCACGGGGCGAGAGGAUGGGGAGAGCAGUGCUCAAGCUCAAGGCCAAGGAGACGACAAGACGACGAAGCCGCCGCCGGAGAAGGUAACCGCUUGGGCCUACGCUACGGGAUCGGUGACAUACUCUUGCCACGACUUUGCUCUCGUGCUCUUCUUCGCGCACGCAUUUACCCCUUACCGCGCGCCCAAUGCCGCCGGGCCUGGAGACCCGCAGCAGCUCGUCGAGGGGACUCGCUACAAGGUGGAUUUUGUGGAUGGGGUUACCAAGGCCGGCCACCUUGCCGCCAUCGACUGGGCCUACGAUCUGUCUCUCACCAUGAUCUUCAUGGACAAGGGGGAGGACAGAUUGUAUCGCCCGGUCAAGUUCGUCCAGCAUGAUUGUCCAGCCAUGGGCUUCUCCAACACUGAAAGGAACACCCGUCUCUGCAGCAUCUACUGCUUCCCUACCGAGCAGCCCGAGUCGCUGUUCGGCACCUCCGUAUCCGGCGAAAUCUGUGCCCCUCUGAGGCUAGGACGAGAGAUAGAUCCUACACUGUAUCCUGACCUUAGCCUAUUCCAGUUUGUAAUGGAGGGUGCCGAGGGUUCUUCCGGUGCUCCCUUAUUCACUGAGAAUAGGCAGGUAAUGGGGAUCUGGAUAUCGCAGAUUGGAGGUAACAAGUUCGGAGUCCUAGUUAAAUCAAUAUGUGAGUGGCUUUACAAGGCCUUUAAUAUCAAAAGGACUUAUCAUCAACAGGAAAGCAUGACAAUCGCGGUAGCUGAGUUGGCUUCCACAUACUCAAGAUGCUUAGGCAGGGUUUAGACAAACAGAUUAGCCAGUGCAUCCAAGGCGACGGGGAGGAGGGCAAGAAAGACACCUGAAGCAAGUUCUCUUUGCAGUUGAAGGAGGAGGUUGUCCCAGCAGAAAGUUUUUGUCUGGUUCUGUUUUGCUGGCAGUUCCUGUGCAUUUUGCUCUUUCGGCGACCUGAGUGUCGUCUGUAACUAUUACUUCCGCUGUUUUAGUCUUGUAGGUCUUGAGUGCUUUCUUGCUUGCCAGGGGCAGCAAGUGUGUGCUGAACUAUGUGUCUGGGCGUGAACCUCUUUGUUUGCUCCGUUAUCUUUUGACAGUGGAAUCCGGUCAUUUUGGGGGACGUUGCAAAGACUGUUAGCCAGUUAGAUCGAGACUGCUUAUGCCGUUUGCUGUUGUU